AAAAAAAUAUCACCAUUUCUCUCUGUAUAUAAGAUAGUAGUAUUACUCAGCAAAUUAAAACAAUUUUUUUUAUUGUUAUCUGAAAAGAAGUUCUCAAAACAGAACUUCAUAUAUAUAACAAAAAAAGAAAAUGGGUAUUACAAGAAUCUUCGGCGUAGUAGUCACCAUCGUCAUCACACUCUUCUCCGUUCAAGUAACAGCGCAAAUCAUCGAAGAAGCUCAAGAGGCAAUGCGAUGCGUGACAAAACUGUUGCCGUGUGGACCGUACAUCCACUUGUCGAUUCCUCCGCCGCCGUGGUGUUGCACUCCGAUGAAAGAGAUAGCCGAGAACAACUCGACGUGUCUAUGCGCCGCUUUCAACCAUCCGGAAAUGCUCAGAUUCAUUGCUCUCACCAAAGAGUCCGCUCUUAAUCUCCUUAGUUCAUGUGGUGUUCCUUAUGAUUUGUCACUCUGCACCACCAAUCCUUCUUCGCCAUCUGCGUUGCCGGAAGCUGCGAGCAACGGAAGCACCAAGAGAAAUGCAGCAGCACUUGGCAUCAGUGUUUUGGGAAAUAGCUUUGUAUCUGCUGUUCUUGGGAUGAUCUUCUUUUGAUUUAUUUUUUUCUCUUUUGUAAUUCUCAGAAAUGUGUUUUUAGUUAUGUUUCUUUUGAAUGACCUGGUGGCCUAAGGAAAUGAGAAGCACACGGCAGUUUCUCAGUGAUGGAAAUGCUUUUAAUCUGGUUUUCUAGGGUUUAGAAAAUGAAAUUUCCGGUUAGACUUUGAUAAAUAGUUUGGAAUAUGUUUUAGGAUAUCCGGUUAUAAAAGAUAUGAAUAACACAUACUAUAAAUCUUAAAUCGGAUACCCAUUGAAAAC